AGCUUGGUGCCGUCUCGAUGGAACCUUAGUCGAAUCCCAUUGCUUUUGUGCAUUUCGAUAACAUCCACUUUAUUUUGCUUGCAUCAAGAUCUAAAUCUUACUUAUAGUGUUUGGAAACUGAUGACUCCAAUGUGGUUAUGGUUUGCAUAUGAUUUGAUCUGCACCUUACACGAAUGUGUAGUGUACAUUAAUCGUGGUUUAUGCGGCUCCUUGAAACUACGCAGUGAUUUUUCGGCAAAAUCAAUCCUAGCUCUUUGCCAUUUAUUUUUAUUCUGUUUUUGUAUUCUCAUGUGUAUUAAAACAGACGGGGGCAGUAUAAUGUACUGUCAUGCUUUUAUACCUCUGUUCUUAUUUUGUUUAGUUAAUUUGUCACUUUUUUAUCCUUUCCGAAACGUGCGCCAGCCUCAGUUAGACGACUUUGUUGCUGUGAACAUCGUAACAUUUAUUCUGAUCAGUUUACGCUUAGACAAAAAGCUAUUGGUCUCUUGGGCCGUGGCAUUUAUUCCACUAUGGAUCAUAAUAACCUUACUUGUUGCACUUCUCCUGUACGGAUGUCUGCUAGCGGUGGACAGUCUGUUCUCUAAAACCCAUGAUCCAAAUAUCAGUAUUCUAAGACGAUCUACCCUGGGAUAUACGAUUACUGUGCUGUGCUUUCUCAUUUUUAUGGUACUUCUGACACAAACACUCGAUAACCAACUAGUUAUUCCCUUGAGCUACGUCAAUCUCCCGCUUCUGUCCGCUUUGAUCGCCGUCAUAAUGAUUGACUUUCUGGUUCCAUCUCCGGAAAGCUAUUUUUCACUUGCAAACUGCACCCAAAUGAAGCUUGAACUGAAAACGAUUCAACUGAGGACCAAAUCCGAGACCUCAGAUAGAACUCGAGAAGACCACUCUCCUAACCACUAG